AUGGCCGCCGGUCGGGUGAACUCCGUCUUCUACGCGGGCUUGGCGGGCUCCUGGCUUGGACAAGUGCCAGGUGUGAUCCUUUGCAUCUCGCUGUGGCGCAAGGACCUCUAUGGCAUUUACACCGGGGUGGCAGCGGGCUAUGGCCUUCUGGUUUUGCUCUACUCAGGCAUUGUUCUUUGCUUAGACUGGGACAAGGUCGUGGAGGAAGCUCAACUCCGCUCCGAGACCACUAAGCCGGACCUCACCAUGAGCAUGCAGCCGACCAACGCUGAGAACGACGAAGAGCAAUCACCCAAUACCAACGCAGCAUAA